AUGGCCGCACGCCCCUCCCAAGCACUAAUAAGCCCUCCCUGCCCUGACCAGCGCCACCUGGCGCCUCCCCUCACGCCCUCGGGCUCCAUUCAAGCCCGAGCCUGGGUGCUCUCAGCCCUCUACAGGACGCCUCUCCUGGCUGUCCCUCGGACUGUUCGGCAAGGUAUAAAGUCCUCCCAUGUCCAGUUCAAAGUUCCUCAUCCUCACAAACCUGUAGAACAUGUGGCCAAACUGCAGCUGACAGACAAGGCUAGUGCAGGAAUUUUGGGAAUUCCAGUAAGAACAACUCUUGAUAACUCUACAACAGUCCAGUAUGCAGGUGAUCUUCAUCAGCUCACCAUGAAACCUAGGAGCACAGUGAGAGAUAUUGAUCCUCAGAAUGAUCUAACCUUUCUUAGGAUCACAUCAAAGAAACACAAAAUUCUGGUAGCUCCAGAUAAAUACUAUCUCCCGAUCAUUAUUCAGAACCCAUGCAAAUAG